UUUCAUUAAACGUAAUACAAUCAAAAACAUUUCAUUAAACGUAAUAAAUCAAUAAAAUAAAAUUUUGUAUAUAGAAAAACAUUCCAUAUAGUUGCCUUAUUAUGUUUCUAAAUAUCAUUAAUAAAUAUUUAUUAAUAAUAAUAAUAUUUUUAACAAUUUUAAAUGUUCACCCAACAAACACCCUACGCUUAAAACUUACCCAAUUGAAAUGUAAUGUAACUGAUAAAUCAUUUAGUAAAUUUCAAAUAUGUCGCAUUAAAGCCGAAUCUAGAUCUCUACAAUAUUUAACAAUCUAUAUAAAAUUUUUUCAAUUACCAAUUGAGGAUAUAAAUGUACGUUUUAGAUUUAUGAAAAAGGCCAAUGGCUAUAAACCAUUUCUUUAUGACUUCAUCGCGAAAUGUGAUUUUCUAAAACGUUUAAAUCCGGUUGUAAAAAUGGUAUGGGGUUGGUUUAAAGGAGUAUCAAAUCUUAAUCAUAGCUGUCCACUUACGGAAGAUUUUGAAAUCAAAAGAUUGGAAAAUCAAUUUAUGGAAGAGCAAUUACGUUCUUUGCCCCUGAUAAAUGGUGAUUAUGCCCUUAUUGUCAAUUUCGGUGUUAAAAAUUCAACAAAAUUUAAUAUUGAAUUUUAUGUAACGAUAUUUUAACAACGAUUUCAACGGAAGAAAUGCGUUUUUUUUAAAUAUUUUUCGAUACUUUGCUAUCGAUAAAAUAUUUUUUAAUAAAUCAAGGAAUUAAGCUGUGUGUUGUUGGCGAAUGAAUACUUUUAAUGUAUUAAAUAACUUCUGAUCUCUGUUUUAUUUUUAGACUAAUGCGUUGGCCAAUCAACAAAUUUAUAAAACAAUUUUUACUAUUCGAUAUGAAAUUAAUUAAAUCCAUUACGGCCAUGGUUGAGUGAUGACAUUAAUAAAAAAA